AUGCAGGAUGGGCCCUACGGCCUCCCCUCAGCAGUGCUGGAGACGGCUGGGGGGAGCAGGAUCAACCCCUUCAGCACCAGGCAUCCCCUGUCCAAACGCAGGGCCGUGCUCAGUGCCUCCCGGACACCGGCGCUGCACAGGCAGCUGGUGAAGGAAAGCGGCUUGGCCAGGGGCUGUGGCUGUGCCCAGGGAGCAUCGGGAAGGUCUCCAAACGAUGAUCGCAAAUCCGUGGUGCAGCCGAACAUCCCCACACCCGUGAUUGGGGGCAUAGUGGGAGGAGUCUCGCUGGUCCUGGUGGUGGCCGUGGUGCUCGUGGUGGUGCUCCGGCGCCGGCGUCACACCUUCAAGGGUGACUACAGCACAAAGAAGCACGUGUACGGCAACGGCUACAGUAAGGCCGGCAUCCCGCAGCAUCACCCCCCCAUGGCCCAAAACCUCCAGUACCCGGACGACUCGGACGACGAGAAGAAGCCGGGCCCGCUGGGCAGCAGCACCUACGAAGACGAGGAUGAGGAUGCGGGAGGCGAGCGCAAGCUGGGCGGCCCCAACAAAUACGAGGAGGAUGCAAAGCGGCCGUACUUCACGGUCGACGAGGGAGAGGCCCACCCCGAACCUUACGACGAAAGGACACUCGGCUUCCAGUACGACCCCGAGCAGCUAGACAUAGCGGAGAACAUGGUCUCGCAGAACGACGGAUCUUUUAUUUCCAAAAAGGAGUGGUACGUGUAGCU